AUGGUGCCGGACGUGAUCGCUAGCGCAGAGAUGAUGCUAGAGAGAUGGAAGAUGAAGGAGGGGAAAGAGAUCGAAGUUCAUGAAGAAUUCAGGAUUUUAUCGUCGGAAGUGAUUUCCAGGACAGCUUUUGGGAGCAGCUUCAAGGAAGGACAACAUAUAUUUGGCAUGCUCAACGAAUUGAUGAUUCUUUCCGACAGAAAUACAUUCAAAAUGAGUCUUCCAAUCAUUAGUGACCUGUUCAAAACCAAAGAUGAGAAGGACGCUAUCAGGCUGGUCCAAAGAAUUGCAGACUCGAUUAUGGAAAUGGUGAAAAAUAGACAAGAAAAGGUGAAAAACAGAGAGGUCGAUGGCUUUGGGAAAGAUUAUCUUGGACUACUUCUGAAGGCUUAUCAUGAUGAAGGCCAUUCCAUGAAGAUUUCUGCAGACCAAUUGGUCGACGAAUGCAAAACUCUAUAUGUGGCUGGACAGGAAACAACAAAUACUUUGCUCUCUUGGAUGAUUCUGCUUUUAUCAAUCCAUCAAGAUUGGCAAGAAGAGGCAAGAAGAGAGGUUCUUAGGGUAUUUGGUCCUGAUAAAACCCCUGAUUCCGAUGGGAUUACAAGGCUCAAACUGAUGGGUAUGAUCAUCAACGAAACUUUAAGGCUGUACUCUCCAGUAUUUGCCGGAUUCAUGCGUGAUGUCGAUAAGGAAACCAGACUUGGGAAGUUUGAUUUGCCUGUUGGCGUCCAGUUUCACAUUCCAAUCAUGGCGAUUCACCAUGAUCCAGACAUUUGGGGACAAGAUGUUCAUCUUUUCAAGCCGGAUAGGUUCUCGGAAGGAGUUGCAAAAGCUACAAACAACAACCCAAGUGCGUUCAUGCCCUUUGGGAUGGGACCUCACACAUGUGCAGGAUUCAACUUCGCCACAAAUGAAGCAAAGAUAACAAUUGCAAUGAUCCUUCAGCGCUUUACUUUCAGUCUUUCCCCGGGCUAUGUCCAUUCACCUUUUCCUGUGUUGGCGGUUAGGCCAGAGAAGGGGGUUCAAGUUAUCAUCAAUUCGCUAUAG